AAUUUUUCCAGAUAGGAGGAACUCGAUUAUUCUGCUAAAGUAAGGAUGGAUGAAGGACAAACUUUCGCUGAAAACAAUCUAAGCCAGACAGAAACUAAUGUUUCGUGCACAACCAUUUGAACUUAUUAGUUUGGCGUUGCUAAUGGGCCUGAAAGAGCGUGUUUCAAACUUGAAGGUCGUUUUUGUAUGCAGACUGUGGAGAAUGCCGCUACCUAACCUAGAUUCUUUGAAAAACAUCGCCGUCGGAAAAGAUAACGCAAAUAAACAACAAAUUGUGCAUAUUUUGAAGGGAAUUACGGAUCAGGAAGUCCCACCAAAGCAAAAACAUAUUCGUGGAAUUAUUUUAGCUACAUUCAGUGGAAAGUCUUCGUCGUUUUUUUAUGAGACUGCACUUAAACUCGCCAUAUACACCAAUCCUGUAGUCUGCUGGAAGUUUCUGUAUGUUAUCCAUAAAUUGUUCCGAGAUGGGCAUCGUGAGUGCGUAAGUGACGGACUACGUCACGCAACCAGAGUUUCCCAGUUGCAGUCUGCCUGGAGUAAUCACGCGACAAAGUGUGGAUAUCCGAUCGUAGACUUUUGUCAACUGAUAACCCGUAAAAUCAGCCUGCACAGAAAAUAUGGAGUAUUACCUGGAAGUCUGGAGCUAACUCCCAGUGAGCUGAAGAGUUGUCUUUCUGCACAAGUAGACCACUUAUUUCAAUUUAGUGUCGAUCUCAUGGAUAUGCUAGAAGAAACAUUGCGCUUCAAAGAUGUUGUGCUUCUUUCUUUGGAGGGUAUUCAAGCCGCUUCAUUCACUCCUUCUGGUCAAUGUAAACUUAUUCCACUCAUCCAAUGUAUUCAAGAUGCUGCAGCACUCUAUGAACUAAGCGUUCAAGUCAUCUUUAAGUUACACGAGUUAUUAGGCAAUGGAACAAUGUCCGGUCACAGAGAACGCUUCAGAGAUCUCCACAUUUCUGUCAAGAAAUUUUUUGAAAAUGUAUCCCACAUGCAAUAUUUCCGUUCAUUUGUUCACAUACCUUCAAUAUCCCAGAAUCCGCCGAAUUUUUGUGUUCAGUCAGAACUGAGUGAACAUACUACACUUAGAGUUACGAUGAAUGAAUCACAAUCAUUAUCUCCACCACUGCCACCAUCUUCACUGUUAUCGACGGCAGUACUAGUGGAUGAACGGAACAGUCCACAUUCAGGUGAUGAAGAAGAUUCUUGUGAAUUAACCAUUGUACCUAAAGUUAUGUCACAAAUUCGUCCAACUAAAUUAUCAACUGAAAAACAGACACUAAUUAAAUUAGGUUCUGAAAAUACGGAUGUAAAUGAGAAGACGGUUAUGUUGUCAAAAGAAGUGAAAAUGGAUCCAAGUGUCAAUGAUAAACAUCACCAUAUUAAUAAUAAUAAUAAUAGUAAUACUAUUGAUAAUAAUAAUUUGAAAAUGAAUUGGAACCCAUUUUUGGAUAAUUCAAUCCAAACAAAUAACCAUGUACUGUCACCUUAUCAUACUCAUGUAACGGAUGAAAAACAUGAAGUACUCAUUGAAGUGGAGUUGUUGAAGUCUGAAAUAGAAAGAUUAAAAGCAGAACAUCAUGAACAAUCUUAUUCGCUUUUGAAUCGUAUACGAAUAUUAGAAGAUGAAAUCAAAGAACUUGUACAAUAUAAGUCUAAUCAUGAAGAGCAACAAGUGAACUAUGAGACGAAAUUAACUGAAAAAGUUUGUCAAGCUCAAAUGUUUGAAGAGAAAUUUCUAAAAUUAAAAGAAGUCUAUACUAAACUACGUGAAGAACACGUUGUUCUCUUAAAAAAUUAUGGCAAUGUUCAACAAAACUUACAACAAGAAACUCAAAAGAAUCAAGAUUUAGUAAAAACAAUUGAAGAUCUCCGUCACCACCAAAUGUCCUCAUCACUAGGUGAAGUUGAAUCGCUUGUUUCUGGAAAUCGAACUGAAGAAUCCGUCGAUCAAUGUUUAAAACUACAGUAUCAAUUGAAUGCCUAUGAAUCAAAAUCGGAAUCUGUAAAUACUGAGAAAGAUCAACUUACUGUAGAGCUUUCAGAAAGUCAACAAUUAUUAAAGGAUUCUGAAAUGAAAAUUUCCAAAUUAACUAAUGAAUUGCAAGUUUUAAAUGAUCAACUUAACCAGGAGAAGUUAUUUGCAGUCAGGGGAAAUGAUACAUGCAACGGAAAUACUUUCACACAUAUUGUUGGUGAUGAUAAAGAUUGUAAGAAUGGCGAAUUAACAAUGCAUUUAGAUAAAUUUAAACAAACGCUUUUAACAAACACCGUUGAGCAGGUAUUAUCUGUAUUACAAAGUAAUCAAACUAUUGGACAAUCACCUGAAUUUAUAGAAGUGUACAUACAUUGUUCUCCAACGUACUUUUUAAAUCAUUUAUCACAAGUUACUAACUAUUUUAAUUUAUUUGAAUCUGCAUUAACUGACUACUUGUCUGAUAAUGAAAAAGGAUUGAUUCAAACUUCAUAUUAUAUUGGUCAGCUAAACUCUCAGUUAUCAUUACUAUCUCUCUUAUCUAAAUCGAUACGUCAAUCAAAUGGUACAAGUGAUUCUUCAUACAACUGUUUACAUAAUUUAGACUUAAUUCAAAGUGAAUUUACGGAAUUACUUAAUGUUCUGCUACAAAUCAACAGUAUUAAUCAGGAUCAUACAAAUUAUAAUAACGAUAAACACAAUUAUUUCAAUCAAAUCAAAGAGCAUUUAUCUAAGAUUCAUAAUCAGUUAAAAUCUAUGUCUAUUGAAGUAACAAAUUUAUCGAACUCUCUGUCGAAUGAUUACAAUAAUGAUGACAUCAUGUCGUCGACUGAUGUGAUACAGAAAGAAAUGGAAACCACUUUUCAGGCUAUCACAGCUGCAGAACAGAAAUUCCAGGGAUUAAUUGAGGAAUCUAAAAAAAAUUCAAUCAACAAUGAAAAUCUUCAAGUGAAUUCACUUAUAUUAGAUUGUUGUUCUGAAUUGUUACUUUGUGUUGGUGAUCUAGUGAAACAAUCUAAACUGAUUCAACAAGAGUUUGAAAAUUCGCCAACGUCCGUUGAGUUUUAUAAACCUUAUAAUCGUUGGACCAAGGGUCUUUUAUCGGCUGCUAAAUUUGUCGGUGCUAGUGCUAAUGUCAUGGUUGAAAUAGCUGAUUCCAUAGUUUGUGGAAAAGAUGUAAAAUUAGAACGCUUAAUUGUAAUUUCACAAGAGAUAGCUGCUAGUACAACUCAAUUGGUUUAUGCUACUCGUGUAAAAACUACUUCACAAUCUGAAAUGUUCAAUAAAUUACAGUUAACUAGUAAAGAAAUAUGCAAGUGUACUGGAAAUUUGAUUGCAUGUGUAAAAAAGGCAAUUGAAGCAAAACAUAUAGAAGAACUUGAUUUUAGUAGCCUUACACUAACUCAAGCAAAACGUAUGGAAGUUGAAUUACAAGUGAAAAUUAUUGAAUUAGAAACAUCGUUAACAAAUGAACGACAACGUUUAGCUAAAUUAAGAAGAGAUAAUUAUCAGUUAUCAGCUGAAGUAGAGUUGAUCAAUGAGAGAUAAUGAAAAACUCCCAAUGAAAAUUUAACAAAUAAAGUAAUCUACAAAUCUACCUUCCAAAUUAAAUGUAAAUAGAUUUAUUUCAACAGCUUAUCUACCUACGUUAUUAUCAUUAAAAUUUGUUAUCUUACUACUAAUACCACUCCAGUAAUCAGUUAAUAAUGCAUACCUAAGUCUUUCAUUAUUCAAAAUAACUCCCCCCAUUAUUGUGGGUAUCAACGGCACAAGGAAGAGUGACAUGAAAUCGUAUAUUCAACUUUGUACUUGAUUUUCAUCAUUUUGUUAUUGUAUGAUCUCAUAUUGAUUAUAUUUAGUGAUAUGACAGUUUUCUUUCUGCCUAGAGAAUGGAAGAAUGCUUUUUCUCUCGACUUCGUCCCGUUCUUUUUUCUCUUCCUUUCUUCUAGAAAAAUAGAAUAAAUAAAUGACUUGCCAUACUUUUUUACUUGUCUAUUCAUAUUUGUUGUGCUCUUAUUCAUCAAGCUUAUUUGAAAAUAUUGAUUUUUCACCCGUCGUAACACGUCUUGCGAAACUGCUGAACUUUCCCGGUUAUUUUACAGCAUGAUAAUAUCUAUUUGGAUCGACAAUAUAGUAUUGCGUGAUUCCUUUCUGAUUGAAUGCUUAUUAUUACCAUUAUAAUUAUGCUAAACAAUGAUAUAAUUGCACUAAAUUAUUUUAACAGCGCACCUUAUCUAUACUUUCACUUAUGGAUAUGGAUAACUCGAAGAUUGGGAUUAGUAAUUAAAGAAUAUAUUUCCUAUGUUUUGGAUACUAAUCUCUCUGUGGUUAUAUUUGGAUAAUGAUUUUGAAACAAAAAUGGAUCUGGUGGUGUAUUUUAUAGCUCAUCGGUAAAUGGCGUUAGAACUAGUACAAUGGAGACAAAAAUGUUUACGAUGGAUUCCAUUUGUGUCAGCUAGAUUUUGUAGUUUAGUUUUGAAGUGCUAACUCUAUAACUUACAGGUUUCUAAUAUCAACUGUGCAUUCCCCGAUAGUUUUUAACAAGUGUAAUUAUCAACCUUACCAAACAAUUAGACAAGCAGUGCUAGUUCUUUUUUUAACAAAUAGCACGACUUUCUCCUGACAUCACUCUUCACUUUAUCUCCCCUUUGGAAAAUGGCUUUAUAUUUUGCCCGAUGAAAG